AUGACAAAUAUUAGACAAGAAGAUCUCAUUAUGUAUAAAUCUAAAUUAGUGGAAGAUAAUAACGAUGAAGAAGAGAGUGAUAGAGAUGAAGAACUAGAUGACGAUGAUGAUGACGAAGAAUUCGACUCAGAUGAUUACGAUUCAGUUGAUGAAAGUGAUGAAGUUUAUUUUGCUAGAGUAAUAGGAGUCAAUAAAUUGGCGCAAUCAGUCAUUAAGUUGUUUACGAGUAGAAUUAAUGCUAUUGGAGGAUAUUUUUCUUACUCUCGCAGCCUUGUAGGUAAAGAGACAAGCACUAUUAUACCAGCAACAGAUAUCAGUUUCUAUAGAGAUGCGAUGAAUGUUAUCGAUAUGGUAGAGAAAAAGAAACUCAGUAUCGAUGAUCUCAUCAAGUUGUAUCCUGAACCAGGAAAAUCAAACGACUUUGCAACACAUCCCUAUGCACUAAAGUAUAUAUCGUAUGACGAUGCACUGAAGCUAUUCGCACAAUUCCACAGCGUAAAGAAUGAAGUCGGAAGAUUAUUCAUUGUCUUGCAAUUCCUCAUUUACUUCCACGACAAAAAAGACAAGAACAUUGAAGAACUCAUUGCUUUCGGUGCAAAGGUAGAGGCUGACACCUCGGAAAUGGUGAGAACAAGUGGUCCGAUAUUAUUUAAACAUUUCCAAGUUUCUUUUUUCAAUUAUCUAAUUCUCGACAAUAACAAAAGAGAAAAGCAAUCUGAAAUUACCAAUUUCAUAUCUCAUAGAAAAAUCAUUGAAAAUCGAGAUAAAUCAGACAGCAGUCAACGCGAACAACAAUCGAAAUCAAAAGCAAAGCAACAACAACAACAAUCAUCAAAGAUACAAAGAGUGACACCAAUAAUAACACAAGAUACUAUCAUUCGAGAGAUCAUUGGAUAUACACUGAUGGCACAUACAUUCCUUCAAGAUCUGCUUCCAGAGAAACAAUCAAAGAUAUGGAAACAACUAAUGGUUGAAAUGUCGAGUAUUCUCUUCUCGUUGGCAUUGGUAUCGAAACAGUUCUUUACCAAUGUUGGACGUGUCUUGGAGAGUAUCGAUUGGACAAGACGAUUCCCAAACAAAUUCAUUAAAGGUCAAAUCAAUUACGACAAGCCAUUCUGUUUGUUCAAGAAAGUUCCUUCAAGCAUUCGAUACGAUGCACUCAUAAGAACUACACCUUACCAAUUUGUGAACCAAGUAUUUAGCGGUGUCACAUCACUCACCAUUGUCGGUGAUAUGCUACAGCUGGACCGCACGAAAGGAGCCAUGUGUAAUGACAAUUACUACGAUAUUGCCAAACCUAAUUUCGUUACCUAUCCACCGGUUGGAUCGAUGCCAAAUCUCACCAAACUCGUUGUUGUUGGAAGAGCAUUUAAAUACCUAUAUAAACAUCAAAGUGAAACAGGUGGACUCUAUCUUCUCAAGUAUCUCAUUGCCAACACCGGAUGCAAACUCGAACACUUUGAAUGUAUUGAACAACUCUCGCUGGAUUAUCAACCGGAAUUCGAUAUCUCUGUUUUCCAAUGUCUUCUUGUCAACCACAAGUCAACACUCAUGCUCUUCAAGCUGAAGAGGACAAUCAACAAAAAUAUAAAACAACUAACUGCACUAAACACAAUUGUUCGAAAGCUAAAGAGGUAUCAAUCAAAAUUUAAAUUCAAAUUAGAGUUUUAUGAUAGCAGCGUCAGUAACAAUGCAACAAAAGAUAUUGGAGAUUCCUAUAAACCGGUGAAAGAAUUUAAAGAUUUAAAACUUUUACAAAAAAUAGAUAAUAAUAACAAUGAUGACGUCUGUGAGGACAAUGAUGAUUUUGAAGAUGACUCAUUUUCCGAUCUUUAA